AUGUUGCUCUUAUUGGCGUUAUUGCCCACUGUGGCUAUAGCACAGAAUACUUUUCAAAAUACCAUCUUUGACCUUCCUGCUCAACUUGGAGGAGAGCCAGUUGGAGUAGCUGCUCAAGCUCAAGGAGCACCUCUUCUUCUUCAAACAGCUGACCAGAAACCACCAGCUCCAGUUGGUGCCCAACUCCCGAAUGCGGUCCCAGUUCCAGCUGCACCACAAGCUGUAACUGUUGCUCCAUUCACAUUCCCAACACUUCCAACAGUUGCUCCAUUCGCUCUUCCAAGUCAUCCAACUAUUGCUCCAUUCACUCUGCCAACCCACGCUCCAUUCACAUUCCCAACUCAUCCUCCAUUGGUAUUCCCACCACCAUCAACACCUGCUCCAUUUGUUCCACCAAGGUACGUACUUUUUAUAAUUGCAUCAAAAUGUAUUCCCUACGCAUUUGUUCCACAACAAGGAUACCAACAACAGAAUAACUUCCAACCAUACAACGGAUAUCCUCAACAACAACAACAACAACAACAACAAGGAAAUCAGUAUUACAACUAUAAUAAUGGAAACUACAAUCAGCAACAACAAUACAAUGGAUACAACAACAACAAUCAACAACAGCAACAAUACAAUAACUACAACCAACAGCAACAAAUUGUUCAACAACCACAACAACCACAGGUUCCUCAACAACCCCAACCACAACCACAAGUACCACACCAAUCGGUUCAACCAGUUCAACCACAACAGCCACCAGUGCCAUCGCCACAAAACGGUGGACCACAACAAGUGCAAUCCUUCGAAUCGAACACUCAAAUCGUUCAACCAGUCAGAGCAGUUCAAGCCAAUGCUCAAGUUGUUCAGCCAGUUUUAAAACCAGCUGCCAAAGCAGUUGCCACUGCCGUAGUGGACACAGAUUCAUCUGCAAAGAAAGCUUCUGAAUUCAACAAGGCCAAUGCUAUCGAGCCACCAAAGCCAGCUCACGCUGAGAAAGUCGAUGCCAAUGUUGAUCGUCAUUUGUGGUUUGCUGCUGACUACGAUGUGAAACAAUGUCGCAAGAGUCUCAAUGGAAUCGGAGUUCGCUUCCAGAAGAAGUUCCCAUCGUACCUUCAGAAAGGAGGAAAAGAUAGAGAACUCGCUGAACUCGUUGAGCAGAGACUUCUAGAAUGCGAGAGAAAAUCAUCGGCUUCUCAUUGGGAUAAGGUUGACACUCUUCUUCAAAAAAUCAGUCUCACCAAGAGUGAGGAAGGUGAAUGCCGCGCUGGUCUCAUCCAAGAAAGAAUCUCUUGUGUCAAUCUUCUGAAGUACACUUGCCAAUUCGUCGAUUCAUCGUACCACUUCAAGUUGGUUCCAGCCAGAAUCACUAUUCAAGAAGCUCGUCAAGCUGAAAGUGGAGCCGAGAAGUGCAGACAGGUUAUCCGAAUUGUGAAGCAAAGAUUGGAGUCUGGAGCUGUCACACUGUAG